AUAUUGUUUUAAUUUUGUUUAGCACAGUGUCACAUUGGGAGAAGCUGCACAUCCGCUAGCCAGCAGCAACAUUAGGUUUUGGCAGAGGUAAGGAAAGAGGGAGAAAUCAGCCAUGAGUCGAAGCUUGGGCAUACCGGUAAAGCUUCUACACGAAGCGACGGGGCAUAUAGUGACGGUAGAGAUGAAGAGUGGAGAGGUGUACAGAGGAAGUAUGGUGGAGUGCGAGGACAACUGGAAUUGCCAACUCGAGAGCAUCACUUACACUGCUAAAGAUGGAAGGGUGUCACAACUAGAGCACGUUUUUAUUAGAGGCAGCAAAGUCAGAUUCAUGAUAAUUCCUGAUAUGCUUAAGAAUGCUCCCAUGUUCAAGCGGCUAGAAGCAAGAAUCAAGGGCAAAGGUACAUCACUUGGUGUUGGUCGGGGACGUGCUAUUGCUAUGCGAGCUAAAGCUCAAGCUGCUGGUGGUCGCGGAGCAGCACCUGGUCGAGGUGUUGUGCCACCUGUAAGAAGAUAAUCGUGUGUUGUGGGAUUUUGUUUCUUCUGUUUUUGCGAUCGUAAAUUCAGCGUAAGAAUGUUCAAGUAGUUUCUUAAGGUUGGUCGUUAGUCUAGUUGUCUGAGUCACAUUCGGUCUACUUUGUAACUUGCUUUUUACAUUACUUUGGAAGGCUGGAAUACGAGUGCUAUUCAGAUUGCCGCUAUGUGCUUGUACUUCACCUGUGUUUAAGUAAUAUGGAUUACUCCAGUUCUUUACCACCA